GUCGUUAAGCUGUCGAAACGCGUAAAAAAAAUCUGUCGUGAUAUAUUUUUAUUAAGUAGCUGAGGAAGAAGAAAAUAUAUAAUUCAAGAUGGAAGGCAUUUAUUGGGUACCAUUUUCGAGUGAAAUUGACAAGUCAAUUCUUGUUGAGGUAGGGAAUGAUGGUGAUGGAGCUCCAAUGUACAUUGCUAGAGCUCAUCAUGCUGAUGAUUUGAUUCCAGGAAAGCUGCUUACUGGAUCCCAAUACUCGAAUCACUGUCAUAUUUCAUACAAUGGACAGGAAUUUUCUAAAAAUUCAUUUGAGGUUCUUAUCAAUACUGGAUUUAGUUGGAUUCCAGCUAGUGACGGAAAUGUUCCUCAUCAUGCCGUUGUCGGAGGUAGAACAUCAAGCGGGGAGUCAUUAUAUAUUGGACGAGCACCACAUUGCGGAAUUCUCACACCAGGAAGGAUUCAUAAGCUAUCAAAAUGCAUGUUUUUGCCAUUUGGAUGGAAAGAAUUUUCUUAUUCAUCCUAUGAAGUUCUGGUCAAGAAAACUGAGAUUAUGGUCGCUCCAAUUGGAGAUUCUUUAAAGUGGGUCUGGUUUUCACCUGAUAUCGAUGAAUCUGACUUGGUACAUGCUGGCGAUCAUCCAACAGGAAGUUUGUUCAUAGCUAGAGCGCAUCAUGCCGGUGACCUGAUCCCAGGAAAGUACGUCUCUAAUAAUCCAGCUGGAAAUUUCUGCCAUAUAGCUUACGGUGGUCAAGAAAUUGUCAAAGAUCAAUUUGAGGUUCUAAUCAAUACUGGAUUCAAAUGGAUUUCAGAAUCUAAUGGAUAUGUUCCUGAAAAUUCUGUUGUUGGUGGACAGUCGAUGAGUGGUGAAACUGUAUACAUAGGAAGAACUAUGCAUAAUGGACAGAAUACACCCGGAAAGAUUUGUAGAAGAUCUAAAUGCAUUUACAUUCCAUUUGGUAAUGAAAUCAGCUAUAAGGAAUAUGAUGUUUUGGUGCAGAUCUUGCAGCCUCAGCCUGUGUCCAAUUAUAGAUCUAGUGUUGAAUGGGUUUCAGUCGGCAAAGGACGUCCAUGGCCUACUAAUGCUGUUGCUGCUGGAAUUUAUCGUGAAUUUGGCAAUUGCUUCACUCAAUACAUAGCAAGAAGAAGACACGGCAACAAUGUAGUCAUCGGAUAUGCUUAUAACUAUUAUGACGGACCAAUUUUCUACUUCGGAUGGCAUGACAAGGAGAUUAGCUAUCGUGAUUUUGAUGUCUUAGUCGAACACACUGCCGUUUUUCCUAAGGAAACUUUGUGAAUCGAAAAUGUUUCAAAAUCGACAUUACCGAACCUAAUCAAGCUAUGACAUCAAUUAAAUUCUCGAAAAAAAAAAGUUAAAAUGUUCAUAAUUUUCAAUUCUAUAGGGGUCGUUCAUAAAUGACGUCAAACAUUUGGAGUAGAGAGGGGUCCAUUCAUAAGUUUUUAAAAAUUUUGGUUUAUUUUUAGACGAGUAGAGCCAAAAAUGCAAU